AUGAUACUGGUGGAAAAAGUUAGCACUAGUGCAAUAAUUAACGGCACCAAGACAAAUACUGUUUUGAACUCAUCAGUACCUCGUGUCCUUCAAAAUUUCGUUUUGGUCUGGCUCGAUGCUGCUAUUGACGAAUCUAAUAAAGACGUUAAACAACCAAUACAACAUCUACAAAAUAUUAUAGCAUCUAUCAGAAUUUUUCCAGAUUCUGAACAAUUUAUUGAUUUCCUUAGUGAUAUUAAAGAGGAGGAAGUGUUCUUGAUUGUAACUGGGUCCCUUGGACACCACUUAGUAUCUGGUAUAGAAAUUCAUACUUGGGUACAAUUAAAUUUCAUUUAUGUUCUUGAUGACAAGCUAGCAACUCAGGAGCAAUGGGCUCAAACAACAUGGAAGAUCAAAGGUGUAUACGCACAACUUGAAUCAGUUUGUGAAACAUUGAAAAUCAAGCUUAGACAUUGUGAUCGUUCUAUGAUAUCAAUGAAUUUUAGUGGCAUUGAUCCAUUAUGUAUGUAUACUCAACUACUCAAAGAAUCACUUUUGGAAAUCGAAGACAACGAUGAAAAAUCUAUUAAAGAAUUCGUUGACUACUGUCGACUUCAAAGUGAUAUUCUUGAGCAGGACAUUAAUAAGGUCGAGUUUGAGUAUCGCUCCUAUUUUCCGAUUUGA